UCAAGGCUUAAAAAAUAUUAUUUAACCUGUCUCCUCCCCUUCAUCUAAAUUGAUUGAUGUGGAUUUAACAGGUGACAUCAAUAAGAGAUUCACCUUGAUUCCCCUGCUCAGUCUAUGUCACAGAAAGACCAGGUGUUUCUAAUGUUACAUACACUCACUGUAUAUGCUUAUGCUAUACUUUCAGAGUGCGGUAUCAAUUAAUCCACUCAUUGUGUAGGCCUACCCUCUUCUAAAUUGCUGUAACAAUGAGAAGGAAAUGCCAGAGGCAUGUUUUGUUUGCAUCACUGACCACAGGAACCAGUCACCUAUAAUCAACAUAGUCUAGAAAGAGAAGGUCUUUGUUUUGUACACCUCUUGAAUGAACAGUCACAUCUUGGGGGUAUUUGUCUUCUAAGUCAGUGGGUUGUUUGUCGACUGACAUUAUAACGAGUCAUUUGUCAACUGUAAACCUUUUUGUUUAAAUGCUCAUCUGAUUCCUCAAUCUUAAAACAUUGCCACGGUCAUGCACUGUUUCCUGCAGAGACACCUGACACAGCCCCCAUUCUAUCUCAUAGAAGUGGGUCUGUGUCUAUUGUCUCUGCGGUUCCAGCCAAUCAGCUAUAAGGACAGGUAUAAAACCUCUGAUGGUCUUUUAACAAAGAGAUAGAGGACUCGUGUGAUGACUUCCACCCACCAUGGAGCUCUCCCUGUGUUCUCUGUCAGUUCUGACGCUAGUGGCUGUUGUGUUCAUGGUACCAAUGAAAGACAGAAGUGAGGAUGUGUUAAGCUUUUUGAAUGGUGCCCUUGAUGUUGCUCCUGCUACUCAAAGCACCUCAGGAAAAAUCAAAGGUCCCGAGAACACCUUUGGUAAACCAGCUCCAACCCCAGCAAGACCAAGUCCUUUAAGACCAACAGAGAACUCUGCAGAAAUCUCUAAUGUUACGCAGACUGCAAACUCUGCUUGUUUAACAGAUGUUGUAGACUCAGAUGCCAGAUCCAAAGAGAAAUGCAACUCCAAUGAUCUUACAGAUGCAGAACGAUCUGAAAGUAACUCAGCAGAAAGCAGAGAGGAUUAUGAUGACUCUCUGGGAUCUAAUACAAAGAUUACACAAACUGUGACAGAUGACAGUAGCAGCGACGAGACUGACAGUUCUCCAAGUGAUGUGAGAAAAUACAAACAACCUCCAGGAAGGAGAACCAUAAACCCAGACCAUGUCGACAGCAUGCAGACAACCACCAGGCAGGAUCCAACCAAUGGGAGCGAGGUGCUGGAUAGAGAGACUCAGAGGGACCCCACAGUGGGGAGAGAGAGAACCAGCAGAGUGCUCAUUGAUAUCAACAGUGAAGAGGAUGUGAUGGUGGGCUGUCAGGGUACUGUCUGUGUGCCCGGAGAGCAGGGGACUACAGUCAAUGGAGGUGAAAAUGAUGAGAAUACAAGUCUAAACAGUAGAGAUAGAGAUAUCCAAAGCCAAGAGGUCACUGGCACAGCCACGGAGCAGGCCCUACGUAGGGAUAGUUGUAGGGGUGUAGUGAAUGGAGUGUUGGACACAGCCAGAUAA